GCUCAACAACUGCUGUACUCCGUGGAAGCAUAUACAAUAUGGGAGAUUUUGCACAAUGCCUAACUGCAAGAGCUCCUUUUCCAACACAAUACUGCCUAACGGUCGUCACAGCUAAUGUCCCACAACCAAAAACUACUAGAAAUCCAUUCUCGCUCUAUUUUGAUCCAAACGACUCAGUGGUCACUAAGUUGUAUAAAUUUGACGAUGUUACCCAGCAGUCCAGAAAUGUGGUCAAAAUGGGAUGGUGUCUUCCAGCAUCUUGCACGCCUUCAAAUAUCGAAAUAUACACCAAUGACUAUUUUAGUAAAAUUGACCACCCUCUGAAAGAAGAGAAUGUUACUUUUACAAUAAAAAUUUCGUCAAAGGCGUGCACAUCGUCAAAUUCACAGCGAGGCUUUGAUGGGUUGGACAUUUCAUUCUGCAUAUUAACUACAGUUUUGGUAUUACUAGUAAUUUUUUCAACUACUUGGGAAUAUUGUAAGGACAGCGACAAAUCUCAUAACAGUUCAUUCUUGCAUAGAAUAUUCCUGGCCUUUUCUGCCAAGACAAAUUUUCCACAACUAAAUAAAGCCGAAAGUUCUAACGAAUCUCUAAGUAUUUUGUAUGGGAUAAGGACGUUUUCCAUUUUCAUGAUCAUUCUGGAUCACAGAUUUGGAACCUUUGUUGGAGGGGCUGUUUCAAACGUCGACUACAUUGAACAGAAUUACAGGAAUACGCUAGUUUCUUACAUUUUCCAUGGGGAUUUGUUUGUUGACACUUUCUUUGUCAUAAGUGGACUGUUGGUGGUAUACAACUUGUUGAAUACAUUUGACAAAAAAUACAUAAAUCCAGGUUUAAUAAUAUUUAUGAGGUAUUUAAGAUUGACUCCAGCAUACGCUUUUGUUUUAUUUUAUGCCUGUACUCUAUUUUAUAAGAGUGGGAACGGACCUUUAUGGAAAGCUAUUGUUGGAUCGGAGGUACAGGACUGCAGAAAAAACUUGUGGGCUUCUUUGUUGUACAUUUCAAAUUAUUUUGAUACACCUCACAUGUGCCUGCCCCAUACUUGGUACCUACCCUGCGACUUCCAUUAUUUUAUCGUGGCUAUUGGACUGGUCUUAAUUAUCAGGAAAGAUAAGAAAUACGGUUUGGCAAUGGUCUUUAUUUUAACUAUUGUUUCAUUUUUAAUACCGUUCGUGCUCAUCCUAGUAUACGAAAGUUCGGCCUUUCUUAGAUUCCUGCCUGAUUUUCUGCGACACCCAAAAACGCAUAGGGAUUAUGAGCUGCUCUAUAUCAAGUCCCAUGUUAGAGCUACGCCGUAUUUCAUAGGGAUGUUAGCUGGCUACACGUAUUAUAGAAUGAAAGGAUCUGGAAGGAUACUUUCUACGCGUUACACAACAGUCUUAGCCUUGCUUUCCGUCUUUCUUCUGAUGGUAUGCAUGUACGGUGGAGUCGUUUUCUAUGACCCCUACCAUAAGUACAACGCUUUAGAGUCUGCUUCUUACGGAGCCCUUCACAGGACCAUAUGGGCCCUUGGAAGUUUUGGAAUAAUGUACACUGUCAGUUUUGGCACGUUUACAUUCCUGCAUAAGUGUCUGUCGUGGAGUCCGUGGAUUCCGUUGAGCAAAUUGGUUUUCGGAGCGUAUUUGUGGCACUUCUUAUUCCAGAUAAGGGCGCUGGGCAAAGAGAACAGCACGAUGGUUUUUAAUUUCUUCGAUGUGAUUUUAUAUGGACUUGGGGACAUAUGUCUAGCAUUUAUGCUAGCUCUUGGACUUUAUUUAACUGUGGAAACGCCCAUGAGACGAAUAUUGAAGGAAAUAUUCUUUCCAAACAAACCAAAAAAAGAUGAAAUCAAAACUGAAGAAUAUUCUGCAACCACGAGGGAAGUUAGCAAAGUAUAGCUUAAAAUAUCCAUUGCGGUAGAAUGUAGAGAAGAGGAAACUUGGAGGUGUUUAUUACUACCCUAAAUAUUAUUGUUACGUAAACGAUUAAUAACUUCUAACAAAGGGAGUAGAACUUAAUAGACUUAGAAUAAUGUCUGUAUCAGAAAAAAGCCUGAAAUUGAUAGUCUGCUUAUUUUUUAUACGUUAGGUAUGAAAGAUCUUCAAUUAAAUAAAUGCUUUA